CGGGGAAAUAAUAGGAAUAUCACAAACACCCAAACAAUUCAAGAGGCCAAUGGCCAAUAUCUGUACACAUACACCCCAUCACCAAUUCCAAAACUAGAAACACUACUGAGCACGAUACUUGUGUUGAUCAUCAUCCGCCCAAAGUACCAAUUCUAGAUCAACCCUGACAACAACCAACAACAACCAACACUCAACACCAUCACCGCAGUCUCACCGGGCCUUCCAACCCUUCACCUCCCCUCCUCCCUCUCGUCGAUCCUCGGAAUCUUAGCACCUGCUGUACCUACCCUUCUCAAACGGUAAUCAAUGGCGGAUGACAAUUCUAGCGGUGGUUGGAGCACGAUCGAGUCGGAUGAGGGAGUCUUUACCUCUUUGAUCGAACAACUGGGGGUGAAGGGAGUCCAGUUCGAGGAGCUGAUAACACUGGAGCCGGAAGCAAUUCGUGCACUGAGGUAACGUGAAGGUCGUACUAUGGAAAAUCCCUUGGGCCGUACUCGUUGUUUUGCUGACUUUUUCGUCCUAUGGGCAGUCCCGUUUACGGCGUCGUGUUCCUCUUCAAAUGGAUAGGCUCAUCGUCCGAGAGCAAGAACGCACCGCAAGAUGGCUCGUACGAUCCGGCGGCGGUUGAAGACGAGGGCCUAUUCUUCGCGGCCCAAACCAUCCAGAAUGCCUGCGGAACCCAGGCCAUCCUAUCGGUGAUCCUGAACAACGACACCUCCACAACUCCAAACCCAUCAUCCUCGGCCGCAGCAGACUCAAGCCCGGAGGCGCAGAUUGACAUUGGGCCGGCGCUGCAAGAGUUCAAGGACUUCACAACGGGCUUUGACCCCGGCUUACGAGGCGAAUCGCUUUCCAACUCGGAUCUGAUCCGGGAAACACACAACAGUUUUGCGAGAUCCAGUCCGUUUGCAGACGAGGUGCAACGGGACCCCAAUGCCAGAGCGGAAGACGUCUUUCACUUCAUCGCGUACACGUGUUACCAUGGCAAACUGUACGAGCUGGAUGGACUGCAGCCGUAUCCGAUUUCGCACGGAGACUGUCCCCGUGAUGCCUUUCCAGAGAUGAUCAUCCCGGUGCUCCAGAGGCGCAUCUCCAGAUAUCCACCGGGAGAGGUCCGGUUUAACCUGAUGGCCGUCUGUCAGGAUCAACGAAUCAAGGCGCAAGAGUUCCAGGACUCGGAAGGUUUGGCCCGUGAAAGACGGAAACGAGCACAGUGGGACUGGGAGAAUGCCCUACGGCGACACAAUUUUGUCGGCUUCACGGGCGAAGUGCUCAAGGGUGUGGUCGAGAUGAAAGCCAAAGACGGUUCAUAUGACACUUGGAUCUCGGACGCCAUGAAAACCACGCGGAAAAAUUUACAAGAGAGACAUGCAUGAUGAGCGAUUGAUAGCAUAAGACAUAGAUCUGCAAUAGCCAUACUGCAUUGCUCUCUACUUCUGAUUGCG